AUUUCUCUGUUGUAACGGUAUCGCUGAUUGGUUAUUCCUCGCGCGGGACGCGGAACGAGAAAAACAAAGGGAGCGGGGGCACAAAAAAUCCGCCUCAAAUGACAUUUUUUACGCGAACUUUGUAUUAUUUUCAGUUGUACGCGAACAUGCCCCGCUUUUUAUGACCGCAGCAGAGGAUCACAACCAAUGGGACCGAGAGUAACAAACAGAAAGUUGUUUAUCUUGAGGUCACUCUUGGGGAGGCAAAAAUGGCGUCCACUCCUUUGGUGUUGAUAGCAAGCUGUACCCCCAAUUUUCAGGCCGAAGACCUCGUGAAACAAAUAAUUGGGAAGGAUGAUCUGCCUCCCGGUGUGGCUAUUGUGGAGAAAAUGACGGGUUUUCCCUGGACGAUUGACAACAAAUACUACACCGCUAACGUACACAUUUGUAUCGCCCUGGAGAAGACCAUCGGCAACGCAGAGUUUGCUGAAGCUCUGCAGGCAGUGAUUUUACACUUCGACAGCAAAGAGGCUGGUAGUUUUGAGUCUGUGAAGCAGUGGCUGCCCUUCCUGACUCACCUGGAUGUGGAUGUCAAACUGCUGACCUGCGGGCUGCUGGAACAAGAAGGAGCUGUGUUGACAAGAGAAGAUGUUUUCACAUGGUGCAUAGAGAAUGGGUUUGAGUUGGUAGAACUGCAAGAAUCACAAGACAAGGAUGAGGAGGAUGUGGAAGAUUUUUAUCCUGAUCCUGUGGGGGUGAAGAGGAUAAUAUCAGCUCUCAAUGCACACACCUGGCCAAACCUCGAGCUAAAAGACACCAGUUCUGACAAUGUGUCCAGACUGAUGGCCCUCCUGCAUGAACGGGAAGACCAGCAGGCGGGGAGGGGGGACGCUGAGGGGGAGGAGGAGACGGAGCGUAGGGGGGAGCCAGAGGGGGCUGAGGAUGGCACACAGGUCCAAGGAGCGGCCGGGGGAAGUACCAAAACCCAAAACGGCAGCAGUAGUAAGAAGUCAUCACCAAAGAAGAAACCAGCAUCAAGAGAAGAGAGAAUAGAUGAACUUGUUGGUGAAGACAUGUCAAUCAUCAGUGGCUUAGCCAAUGAGGACCCGGGAGGAGAGUCAUUCGAGACACUGUUUGAUAGGAUGAAGGACAUGAAAGAUAAGGCAGCCAAUUUGCCAGACCAAGACAGAAAAGCAUAUGCUGAAAAGGUGGCCAUUUCCUUCUGGCGUGCAAUGGGUGGUGAUGAAGAAGAAGUUGAAGGACUUUCUGACAGUGAUGAGCAGUGACAGCUACUGAGGAUAGAGACUACAUGCAUGUUGUAGAAAUAGACAAUUGGAAUUGGGGGUUCUUCUUCACCUCAUAGCUGCAGUAGAAAACAAAUGAACCAGCUAAAAGUGUCAUUUUUUUGCAUUUGUGUGAUUGUAGCUGCUUAACCAAAAGAGAUACGAUAUUCCCAGUUGUACUUAAUGUAAUACAUACUAAGAGAUAGCCAGAAUAUCACAUCUGUAUUGUUCGGCUGGCCUGAAAGCACGCUACCUACUUUAUUAUCAAAUGCCCCUGCCACCAUUAGGAUUUGAUAUCCAUUGCUAUGUUUAUUUAAGUUAUCGUAGCUGUGGACUCAUUACCCAAUUUUGUGUUGGUAACAAGUAAAAGCAGGGCCAGGGUUGAAUUACAUGGACUAAUAAAUCUACCACCUAUGUUUCCACUUUGAUUAUACAUUCCGGUAAUAUGAUCCAUGACAGACUUAAGUCCCCUCACCCGCUUCAGAUCUGACACAUGGUCCUAAAAACUGAAGAAAUAUCCCUAAAAGUUGGAACAUAUCAGACAUGCUGCAAGAAAAGAUGAUGCAAGACAUCCUAUGCAACAUGACAUGGUCUCAUUGCAAAUGUGUAUUUUCUGCUGGUUAAGAGUUGGCAAAGUGUGUGAUUAAUGUGUAAUGUUGACAUGUAUCUGCUCCUGCUGCUAUUGUAAUCUGGAGACUAGAAUGUUUUAAGGUCAUAAAUUAAUAUUUUGUGGACUAAUGCAAGUUUGAGUCUGAAAUCCUUGCAUGAUGGAAUUUCAGGGCUAUUAUAAAAUGCUCUAUCGCCCUCUUGAGAGUUUGGAACAGUCCUUUUAGAGCUGUAAUAUUAUUUUUCAAAUGAUAUAUGGGACUAAGUUCAUAUAAUACAUUUGACUGUAAUGUUCUGUAGAGAUUGAUUUCCCAACUUCCCAAAGUAUGUUUCCCUUUAAUAGCUUGAGACUUAAGACUAAGUUUAUUCAACUGUUCCCAUUCAUUGCUCCUCCAGCCAUCCAUAAAUAAUUUUAUGUACUCAGAGAUCAAUUUAUUAUCUAAAAUAAAGUCUACUA